GCGCAGAGAUUUGUCCUCCCCCCCCCCGUGAACAAAAUGUUCCCUCAGAGCGCGGCCUGUCGGAGAGAGCCCAGCCUCUAAGAGCUCUCCUCUGUGUUUGUGAAAAGAGGCGAGAUGCUGCAGCUUUCUGAGCUUUUCUUCCGAAAUCACAGAGCAGACAAACAGCGUGAGGGGCUGAGAGUCGUCCUGCGGAGAGAGCUCAGGUGGAGGGAUUUACCUGCUGCAGAGACAGAUUUGCUCACAGUGAGGUGUCUUUGUCUCUUUGUUUACAGAGGACAUCACCGAGGUGAUCGUGUAACUCCCUCUCUGAGCUCUCUGCAGGAUUGAAGGGAUCUCUGAGGUAGUUUUAUCAUCUUACAGAGUCAAUAAACUGGUUCUUAUGUCUGUUUUAACUCUGACUUUGUGGAUGUAGAAAAACACACAGCAACAGUUAUAAACCUGAGAGCGCACUUUGACUUCAUGGGGACGUACUCUAGCCUGACAUGAUCAGACACACAAACGUUUUCAGGUGUGGAAGACAAAUCCUGUUGGACUCUGUCGUUGUUUUAUUGUCUUAUUUUCAGAUUUAUUAUCUUACCUUUAGAUUACUUAAUCUCCUAACAUGCCAAACUCUCCUCUCAUUGACCAAGACUUGGUCUGACGUUGUGAAAUGAGGCGGCUGCAGGUGUGAGGCUAACCUGUCCCGGCCUUUUGAACAAACUGUUGGCCUGAUGAAGGUCUAAUACCACAACAUUGUGAAUAAAUUCUCCUUCUCUUUACAAGUUAGAUAGCGUACAUGUGUUUGUCUUUGAAAACUGUUUGGGUUUACCAUCUGGUUAUAACCGGAGCGAGGUGUCUUCAGAAUAAUGAGGCAUGUCUCAGAGAUGGGCUUAGGAUAGGGAGCUUGGAAACAGGUCAAAAGGAGGAAAAUGUUAACUGAAGAGUGGUUGGUGCUUAUGCUAGCUUUUGUUUAAAGGUGGGGAUCUGAGGAAGUGCCAGUUUUAGGAGAAAACCAGUUUUCCUCUCAGCUCCUCCUCUCCCCUCAAGCCCCGCCCACAAACAGACGCUCCUGCUCGCUCGUAUCGUUCCAGUUAAAUUCAGAUAUAAUGCAGAUAAAUCCUUCAGAUCAUUACAAAUGGGGCCCAGUCAAGGUGAAAGUCAAAAGCAUUGGUGCUACUGUAGAUGCCAACAGACUACCAGCAAACACAAUGUUUGCAGGACUUCUACAAUGAGGAUAAAGUGACAUAGUCCAGGACCCGAGGGAGGACAGUUUAGCGAUGGCGCUACAACACGCUACAGCAGGUCCGUUUGACAAGAAACACUUCUGUUACAGACACUUGUCUUACUUUGUUAAAGCGGUUUACCUGUCCAGCAGAAAGGUUACAGGGUCACUAAGAUCCCCAAGCGUCCCCCAUCGUUUAUGUUGACCCGGCUUUUUAGCUCUUGUCCGGUCUACCUCCGUUUUUAAGCGCCCGUUAUUCCUCCAGAGUCUCCGGUAUUUACUUUGUUUUCUUGUACAGAUGUGUCCUCUUUGCAGUUUUUAAAGUUGUCUGUCAUAUCAAUGAUCAAUCUCUUAGAGAAGUGGAAGAGAAAUAGAUUAUCUUUUUUUUUUUUACUUUUUAAAACUACCUGUUCAAAAAAGAUCCAAAACAUCCUCCCAUAAGGUGGAUUAGGAAAUAAUCAAACUCUGAAACAGAAAUCCAGACACCAGUUUUUAAUUCUUUAACUCUUCCGUGUAGAUGUAAAUGUUUGUGCACAUCCAUCCCAUCCUCUCCAUAUUCCUUUAAGACGGAGUGGAGAGUGAACAUUAUACAACUGCUGUCCUCCCCUCCACCCCCUCCUCUGCAGCUCGGAGCUGCUGACUGUGUUGGACUCCGGAGCGUCACCCCGACCUGACGCACUCUUGUACCAGAGCGCAGCUGUCACCAUUACUUCACGCUUAUUGGCCCGAGACCGAGAGGCAAAGGCAAACAACUGGAGAGAGAGAGAGAGAGAGAGAGAGAGAGAGAGAGAGAGUUGGACCUCUGCUCCAUCGAUCUGUGGAGGCGCUCACAGGAGUUUCUGCCGGACGUUGGUCACAAUUUCUGCGCUUUCGCUUUUUUAAGGAGGAAUGCCAAAAGUGGAUUCAGUCUUUGAAACAUGCUACUGGGAAAUUUGGUACGGUAAGACUGUGGCGGUUCUGAUGUUUGAGUCUUUUGGGGUUUUUACUCUCAUUUUGAAACCCACCUCCCCCUCUUACUCCCCCAUAUCGCGCUCGUGCUGUAUCGACCUGCGGGUGAAGGGUGAGAGAGAGAGAGAGAGAGAGAGAGAGGUGCACUUUGCACAGUGAAGCCUUUAAGUUUGGGAGCUUUACCUUAAGAGAGAGAAUUACAUAACUGAGCAUUACGGAGCAGAGAUGUUGGUUAUUUUUGUUCGGACAGACUCUGAAAAUGUAUGAUGAUGAUGAUGAUGAUGAUGGUGAGGGCAGUGAGGAGGAGGAAGAGGAGGAUGAUGGGAGAGCUCAAUGUCAACAGUGACACACAGGUUUGCUAACACAGGUUAGCUAAGCUGUAGGUCAGUGGUUAUAUACGGACUGUCCUCUUCUCUGUACGUCAGGAUUUGAUGUCAACACCAUUGUUAUCGUUAUUAUCGUUAAUAAUAUCGCGGUAAUUAUCGUUAUUAACAUCGCGGUAAUUAUCGAGGCUUAUUAAUAUGCCCAAUGAUUAAACCCCGGGAUAACAUGUGUUUAGUGUUUGUUUGACUGUCCCUCUAAACAAAGCUUUAUAGAAAUUCACAGUGUAAUGCAGGACAUGUUUAGUCCGACAGUCUCAACAGCAAAAGUAAAAAGCAUAUGAACUCAAUAUUAAAUAAUCCCUUUAAACACGGUCAUUCACAACACAAAUAAUGAGAUGAUAAACAUAAUUGAAAAGGACUGAAAACAGGUCAUCACUACAUAACUUAAAAAUGCAGAUGUGCUGUGUCAUAGCAGGUAAGGACAGAGAAUUAAGAACUUUGGUGCUACAGUAUUCUCAUGUUGAUAAAUAUGACUAUUUUUAAGAGCUUGCAUGAGGACGUUUGUUCAAUCCUGUGUUUUUUAAAGCUAACCAGUUAGCCGCAGUAAACGUUGAUUAGUGGAAGUGCUGUUUUGAUUUUUAGCUGUGUGAAUGUUCAGUAUGUGGUAAAAAACACAACAGAUAAGUAGGCCACUAGAUCUAACUCUUAAUUACUGCCACAACAGACAUACAUGUGUGUGCAUGAGAGCGGUAUUGACGAAUGUGUUUCCUGGUACACUGAGACAUGUCCCAGAGGCUGAUGGCCCAAUUCAAGAUGAUGUCCCACAAUGCUGUAUUGAAGUGAAGAUAGGGCUUGUUUUUAGCUGAAUAUACUUCCAUCUGUCAUGACUCCGUUUGUUGAAUUUCAUGUUUGAUAGGGCAGCCUUAAAGAAAGAGGAGAUACAGGUAAAGAGAAGGGGGUUUGACAUAAACCAAAUCAUCCUUGGACUGGAAUUGGUCCAACAACCAGUGACCUAACAAAACUGGUGCACUGUCAAACUGCAUUAUUCGUCAACCCCGUGUGUUGUCUGUGCUUAUUUACAUCCAGGUCGUUGGAGGUUGCAGUAUCACUUCUAGUAUAUCGAGAAGUAUUGAUCCGAUUUUUGUAGUUCAGUAACAAAAGAUGAUUUUUCCAGUUGACCAAUUCUUCUCAAACAUUUCUAAAGCAACCAAUCAGAUAUUGGAUAUUGGAUACUGAUCAGUUUGGAUAUGAGUCUUAUUAUUAUUUAAAUGGAAGCUCACCCUGUUCUCUGACACUUCAGAGCCACCAUACAAAAAAGAGGCAGGUAGUUCCCUGAUAUUGACGUUUUUUGGGGGGAUGACUCACUGUUAUGGUUGGUAGUGGACAUGCUGAGACAGAGGCAUUGCUUUUCUUUCUAACCGGAGGCAGAGGCUCACACAUGAAUGAGCAACAGGUGCCUGUUACCCUGAGUAUUUACAAACAGAUGUGCUGAUUCAGGUACCAUUGUUUCAUCCUGUCACUCUGGAAAAUCCUGCCUUUUCAGUCCCAUCAGAACCUCAUCGAACCAUCUGAUCAACUGAAGUCCUGAAUAUCAGUUUGGUAUCUGUUUGACAGCAGGUUUGUCUGUAACAUGACAUGACAUAAAAAGAUUAUAUUUAAGAUAAAAAAGUGUUUUCAACAACCAUACUUUGAUAAAUCCAGAUUUUCCCGACAGUUUUGAGUAUUCAGAUCAAAUCUAAUGGCUGAUUAAUUUGUCACUGGAUCCUGGAAGUUCUUGGAGAACCCCUGAGGGUCUUUAAGAGGUUUGAAAUUUAGCUGGAGUUCAGUCAUUACAACUGUCCAGCUUUAACUCCUACCUGAGGUGUGAGUACAUGAGUAUAUCUUUGUCUUUGCCCGUUAAGAGUUGAUAUUUUAUCUUAAAGCUCUGUUGGCUUUCUCUCUUCUCGGACGGUUUCAUCUGCUUCCACUAAAGUCGCUGAUGUCCCAGAAUGACUUUGGGCAUCUUUUGAACAGAGGAGCUUUGAAUAUUGAAAUGAUUAGUCGACUAAUGGGCCAGCGGUUCCACAGAAACUUUGUUGUGAACAUAUCUGUCAGAGGAUCGCUUGUAAAGUCGUUCACAGCCUCGCCUACGUGCGCCCUCUUCCCGGUUUAUGUCGUCAAACUCUUUUUACAGAUUCUCAAGAAGAGGUCCAACAUAUGGGCAGGGUGCGGAUUCAUCUGGUUUUUGUUUGUAUUAGUAUCAGUGGAUCAAACAUAAGUGGGUUUUGGGGAGCAAUAUAAAAUCCGUGGCAGGGGGUGACAUAUCCGCUCACCGCAAUGUCCCCAAGAGCCGAGCAGCAUUUCCCAAUUUCCAGAGAAAUUCUCUGCAGUAAACAAAAAGUUGUUUUCUUCUCCUCUCUGGGAAAAAAAAGCUGACAGAGCUGACAUUUUCAGUUUCAGCUGAUCGUGAAGUCCUGAGAUAUCAGCAGGUAAAAUCAGGUUAGCUGCUCUCUAACUUACUAUUUACAACGAAACUGAGACUCAGUGGAAAGCCAGUACAUUCACAGACCUGGUUAUGAGCCUGAUCCUGGUUUUGAUCCUGGUUUGGGGAUACGGUUUUAACAUAUCCUGGAUCUCCACAUCCUCACAAAUACUUGGAUCCAAGUUUCAUCUUACCUACAAGUGUCUGACACCUGUUUUUGAGACUCCCAUACCAAGAAGACUCGAUGAUCGACCGUGUUUGUCGUCAGCUCAUCUGUUGAGGGGCUGAUUCAUAUUUUUGGUUGCAGAGUCUCACUUAAGGAAUAACAAUCCUCGUGUUAGCUAGCUUAGAUAUUAGGUUGCAUUUGACUCGUUUUAGCUCCCAGCUCUUUCCGACAUGACCGGACUUGCUCCGACCUUUGUGUUGGAGAAACAGCGUCCUGUCGCCUGUUAACUAUAAACAUGAAAAGGUCAGAAUUUUGGAGGUUAGCCGUAGACUCUGUGAUUCCUCUGCUGCUGUGUUUGACUGAUUUUGACUCUCCUUUGUUUCUUAUCUGUGGACUGACACAGGUUUAAAUGAAAGUCGUCACUUUAAAACAUCCCUGCUGGAACAAACAUGGUUGUUUUUUUAAAUCAACGAUUGUACUCUAAUGAAACAUGCAUAUAAAUAAGAUAAUUAAUGAUAUAUUUCCCACCAACAGCCCCCCUCUCUCGAACACAUGCCCCCUUUAAACCCGAUCUUAAAGGCUCUGAUCCAGACCUGCUGAAGCAGCAGAGAAGAUUAUCAUGAACCGACUCCUCUGCUGCGUUUUUAGAGCCGAACUCUUUAUCUGAAGUUUGUCAGUGUCUGAGCUAAACUAGGAAUAUCAUCACACAGCACUCAGCUUUUCUGGAGUCUCCGCUCCUGACCUUUGACCCCUUUGGUGAGAAGGGAACAUGAAUGUGUCUGUGACAGAAACAAAGUCUGAGAGGUAAAAAAGGAAACUUCCCGUCUGUAGGUAUCCUGGUAAAGUGUCUCUGAGCUGCUCUGUUUCUCUGUCGUCCUCAUUUACGUCGAGUGUAAUCGAAGGUUUUGUUUUUCCUCUGCAGGUAGUGGUCGGACUCUGUCUGUGGGGUACUGGGGUCAGCAGGGCUUAUGUUUUUCAAGCCAGUGGGCCGUCGGAGGGAGGAGACAGCCCCCCGUCUAAAGUGAAAGGUGAGAGCAGACUCUCUAACUGUGAAGUCGGGUUACAGUUAGAGGGAUGUGACUAAACGGCUGUCCCUGUCUCAGUCCACACACAUGUGCAGCCUCUCAGUUGACCCUCUUUGUCUCAAACCAAAACAAUCAACAAACACGUUAGAAAGAGACGCAUGUCCAACAGCUCUGUCUUUUUACACAUCCCUCCUCAGGUUUCAUUUACUUCUGGACCUGCUGUUUGAUUUCCAGGUCAGAGCCCGACAUGUAAAAGCAGAACUUUUAGUCCAGUUAGAGUCUGACUGAGGAGUCUCACAAUCGAUGUUCGAGUACACUGUGGAAAAAGAAAUCAUAGAGAGUAUAAAAAUCCUGUUAUAACCUCAGAGAGAUUUCUCCUGGUUUUCAGAUCCUGUAUUUUAAUGGUGCAAAGACCAGGUCUCAUCUAUGAUCAGAGUUAUUGCUUUAUUUCAUGUUCUCCUUUGAAACUUUGAAACCCGACAGGUCUCAGACUGCUUUUCCACCUCUGCACCUCUUCUCAACAUUUCGGACAGCUUCCCUUUACCUAACUCAGAUCAGAGCGUCUUGUUGGAUCUUUAAACCCACAGUUUUCACCUCUUCUAUCGGACUGCGUGUCUCUCUAAGGAUGCUCAUAUAUCUUUAAUUCAAUGACAUAUCAGUGUGUUUCUUAUUCAGUUCAGCCUGCUUUUGACUUCAACUGUAUUUCUUCUGUAUUGUGUCCGACCGAGUCGCUCUCUCUCCUCCCUCCAGACUUCUCAGAGUGGAUCAGCUCAGCCGGCUCCUGUAAGGGGAGGUGUUUUGAGCUGGAGGAGGCUGAACCUCCAGGAUGCAGGUGUGACAAUCUGUGUAAAACCUACUACAGCUGCUGCUCCGACUUCGACAAGCUCUGCCUGAAAACAGGUCAGUCUGACGCCGCCCGGUUUUUCCAUGUAAACACAUCAUGAAGUGUCGAGAACCAUUUUUAUCAUUCAAACAUGAAUAUGAAUCAUUUUUAAACAGCUGGUGUGUAAUUCAUUUCAAAAUAAAAGCAUUGUUUACAAAAUGAAGCAAUCAAGACUAAAACUUUGAAAUAAAAGAAACUCGUUUUCAGGGGUAAGUUUUACUCUGAAGGUUAAAAUCGUCUUCAUUUCAUCCAGUUUUUACAGCCGAGUUUCACUUCAGAGCAGACUGAGUGUCUUCGUCAGAGUUUUUUGGAUGACAGGGCUGGUGACGCAGAUAAAACUUUACUUAUCCUGACCGGAAAUUAUUUUAUAUUAGAUUUAAAAACAUUUCAUUAAGAAUUUAUUGUGCUAAAAUCUGAAAUUGUCACGACACUUUUCAAAAAAGUAAAAAAAAGAUCGUCUUAAAAAGCUCCAGAUUUUCCUUCAGAAGUUUGGUCUUUGUGCUCAGAGUUUGGACACAUCCUCGGAUCACUUCGUGAAGCUGUAGGUUUCUGUUGUGGUUUUGAUUUACCGCAACAUUCGCCACAGUGUUCACAGCAGUACUGUAAUAGUUCCAGGCGUACAAAACAUGAUAAGUGCUCUCUGCUGACGGACAAAAGGAGCAGCUGCCAGAAAGUUGCAAAUACUAAUUUUCAUCUGAUGCUGGUUUAAAGCUUGGCUGAGUGCAAGUCAAACUUCAUCUUGAAAACAUUAAGUGCACAAGGCUGGGAUGUUUUCCAAAGCCAAACAAUCUUGUGAUUGUAGCUCUGGAGUCGAACCAUGAGCCACUUCAGUGUGCUUUUAACGAGCUCUGCUUUCCCUCUAAUCGGCUGAUUUCGAACAGACCGUAGGGGCCUGAGAUGUAAUUAGUCACAGCUCAGUGUGUUCAUUCACGCUGUUUUUAUAAGGUUGUCAGCCUCAUUGUGAGGCCUUUAAAGGCUCUUGUAAUUAAAUAACAUAUUAUGAACUCUCCUCCUUCCUGUGUCUCAGCGGGGGGGUUUGAGUGCAUGCCGGAUCGCUGUGGGGAGGAGAGGAACGAUGAUCACGCCUGUCACUGCUCAGAGGACUGUCUGGAGAAAGGCGACUGCUGCUCUAAUUACAAGUCCCUCUGCAAAGGUACUCGCCGUGAUCCGGCGUGAUACUCCGAGUGUGUGAGAGAGUGAAUGUGCACAUGGUAGAAGGUAAUGACUCUGUGCUUGUGUUUCCAUGUGAGGUGAGACUUCGUGGGUGCAGGGAGACUGCGAGGAGAUCAAGAGUGCCGAAUGUCCUGCAGGGUGAGGCUGACGUCAAACUUAGGAACCAUUAAACGCGGGGAGAGCGUGCGCCGAUAAAAACAGGCGGAGAUUAUCGCGUUAUGAAGGCUCACUGUUAAAAAUGUGCAGUCUCAUCGGCACCGACCUCUGCAAGAGAGCAGAUCAUAAAAAUUUUCCAUUACAGAUAUUUUCCAAAGAAAGCCCUUAUCGAUCAAUCACAAUCAUCCGUUUUCGCCUCCCUGUUCUGCGCAGAUUCAUCCGCCCUCCCCUCAUCAUGCUGUCUGUGGACGGGUUCAGAGCCUCCUACCUGAAGAAGGGCAGAUCUGUCAUCCCAAACAUACACAAGCUCAGUACGUCCUGGAAAUGAUCAACUUCACUUUGUUUAUUUUGAACCUUCAGGUUUCUGACUCGUAAAAAAACAAUCUGAGGUGUUUUUGUCUUCGUCUCUUUUCAGGAACGUGUGGUACGUCGUCACCGUACAUGCGACCAGUCUAUCCGUCAAAGACCUUCCCAAACUUGUACACCCUCGCCACGGUAAGUGACCCAGCUCUGACCGAACGGUUCAUAUCUGCAGCAGAGAGGACAGGAAAGCAGGACAGCUAACAUGUACAGUCAUGUAUGUAGGUUAGGUCAAUACACGUGUUUGCCAACAGCCAUGUUCAGCCUGCUCAUGUUGUGAUGCUGCUGCAGGCUAUCAUAGUUUAACUGCUCUGUUGGUUUACUCUGCAGGGUCUGUACCCAGAGUCCCACGGGAUUGUGGGUAAUACCAUGCAUGACCCUGUGUUUAAUGCCACCUUCAGCCUGCGUACCAGAGAGAAACUGGAGCACAGAUGGUGGGGUGGACAGCCUGUGAGUAAACUCUGAAUACCUGCUUAUUAGACUGAAGACUUUCAAAGGUCCGGAUCAUAAAAGGACCAAAACACUCGGGUCUGAAAUAUGAUCGGCUGAGGUAGAAAAAGACAUGAGACAGCGCAACACAACAGACCUUCACUAUAGCUCAUUAUUGUACUAUAAACCAAUAGAAAAGCAGUGUGGGAAACAGGACAAAACUUCAUGUAAUUAGAAAUUAAAAACUAAAUUCUCAUUAGCUGUUACCACGGUAACAGAUAUUCUUCUUUAGCUCCAAACAAGACAAGAAAACAGAACAUUCAUGAUCACCAAAAAACAAAAGGAUAUGAUAUGAAACAUGAAACAUGAUAUGAUACAUAAUAGAAUAUGCUACAUGAUGUAUGAUAUGAUAUAAUAUAAUAUAUAAAACCAUAUUUGAUACAGUAUGAUAUGAUACAUGAUGUGAUUUGAUAUAUGAUGUGAUAUAAUACAUGUUAAGAUAUCGGAAGAUGUGAAAUGGUAUAAUAUAAUACAUAAUAUGAUAUGAUUUAUGAUACAUGAUAUCAAAUCAUACAAUAUAAUUAAUAUUUGAUAUAAUAUAUACUGAUACCUGAUAUGAUAUGGGAAAGUAUGAUAUAAUAAAGCAUAUGUGAUAUAAUAAAAUAGGAUAUGUUCUGGUGGAAUACAACAUGAUAAAAUAAAAAUUAACACGAUGUAAGAAGUGACAGUUUGGUAUGAAAACUCAUAGAUCAGGAUGGGAUUCCCUCUAAGUUGAUAAAAUCAGAUACUGCAUGAAAAACUAUAACAGUGACUGUUUUGAUGAUAAUAAUAAUAAUGACGAUGAUAAUAAAAUAAAACGACCUUCAGCCUGUCCAUGAGGUGAUCUUAGCUUUAGAGACACAACUGAUCCUGAUCAUUUUGUGACACAUGACGAACAUGUUUGAGUUUGUGUUCAAAUUUAACCUCUCAGUGGAAAAGUGACAUUAUUAGCUAAAUACAGCUUGUUUGUGCUUUCUGUUGAGUAUAUUAAAGGGAACCUUUGUCUUAAUUUCCUGUAUUAUGUGUUUUAUUUUUUUAUAAACGGUUAAUUUUUUUAUUUGACAGAUCUGGAUCACAGCGAAGGAACAAGGAGUGAAGGCGGGCACGUUCUUCUGGCCUUGGUACUUAAGUUAGUACUGGAAUAUUUUUCAAUAGCUACAGACCUCCAAUGAACCGAAGGCCUCAGGUGGUCACAGCAGCAAAACGUUUCCAUCAAAUCAUUGCGUUUAAAGUAUUGAGUGUUGUUUAAUAAUCCUGUCGCUGUGGUAAAAUGUCAUUUUUAUUUUAAACAUAUACGUUCAAUGUCGACUAAACAGAUAAAUUUACACUCUAGAUUAGCAAAGCCACCUGUUUGGUACACGAACAGGAAGCCGUGUUUGACUCGACCUCAUUCUGAGAAUCACAGAGAUAUUUGAACAGCAGCCAAAACCUGAGGCCAUGUUUACAUUGAUAAGGACAAAUCUGAGACCCCGGAGUGGCAGGACAGGAUCCACCAAAGUAUUUUUAGUCUGCCAAAAAAAAUAAACAGCAGUUCCCCUUUAAUCCUUUAAUUUUUGUCUCACCAACGUUAAAGUCAAACUGACAGAAUAAACGCUCAGAGUUAUGAAUCAGUGUUUUCUGUCCUUCAUUGAGGCGCAGACGGAUCAGUUUCACCAACAUUUUGGGUGUCCAUGACAAACGCGGUCACGAGGACUCGUCACAUCCUCAGACAGACUGACAAAGGCCUCUAACACACACAUAAAACCGCACACAGACCAAGAACAACAAUACCCCAUUUAAUCAGGAACAACAUGACUCACUGACCCCAGUCACAAGGCGGCCAUCUUUUUUUGAAGUAACGCUUUACCUCUAGAUCAAUUAUCAGCUCUGCUAUAAAGGAUCUGUUAUAUCAGUGUGUGUGUGUGUGUGUGUGUGUGUGUGUGUGUACGGUGCUGUGAGGUUCAUAACUCCUCUAACUCUUUGACCAUCCCUCCCCUCGUCGUUUCCUCCGUUUGUCUGCAGGGUGAUUCCGCUGGAGAGGAGGAUUUUGACCAUCCUGCGCUGGCUGCAUCUUCCUGAGGAUGAGAGGUUUGUUUGACAGAUUAUCUUCCAAAGUUCAUGUUUUAGUUUGACUUUGUAUCUGGACUCGAUUCACUGACAUGUAAACGAUCCUCCUAAUGACUUUUCCUCCCUCAUCGAUCAGGGUUCUGGUUCUUAUUUGCGGCCUCCUCCUCUUCUUCACUGUUUUCUCUUAGAUUACUUCCAUGUGUGAGAGUUUGUCGGUACCGCCAACUCUUUAUUAAGAUUUCAGUCUUUCUUCACUUCAGUUUUUGGAGCUUGAGCAUAAUCCUUUUGUAUUUAGACCCUCACCUUUAGGAGCUCGAUUUUCCCAUCAUGUGAAACUUCUUGCAGCUGGUGCAGAAGCGGCCUUGCUACUACAGGGUUUCCCACGCGUAGACCACACCUGAGCGGACCCUCCUCAGCACAUUUACACAUUCACUGCCCUCAUCCGAAGAAAACUCAAUCUGCGAUCAAUUAAACGAACCACCUCCCAGACUUCUUCAUGUUCAGGUCCAGAUGAUGUAGUCUGGUUCUUCUCUGAGGCGACAGGUCUGGUGUGGUCCUCCCUGUCAGAGAAGUUUGGGUUAUGUGAGACUCUUAAAAACUAGCUGACGCUCUCGAGGCCACGUUUGGAGGAUGUGUGGGUCAGUGAAGGGGUCACGAGCUGUUCAAGUGUAGUCAGGAGACGUUAGUGUUUCUCUGUUCAGUGUGAGUUGAGGUGACAGAAACAACAGGCUCCGUUUUAUCUUGUUUGCUCAUCACGCAAAAUCCAGGUUAAAUAAUCCGGCUCUGUGUCGUUUCUCUGCAGGCCGUAUGUUUACGCCGUCCACUCAGAGCAGCCCGAUACCUUUGGACAUCGACUGGGGCCGCUCAGCAGCGAGGUGGGCGUGGCUUUUCUGUUGUCGGAGGAGGGUUUGUAACAUCUGGAAAAAAAAACACAACUCCUCAUUUUCUGCGUUUUUUCCAGUUGGAUAAUCCUCUGAGGGAGAUCGAUAACAUCAUCGGUCAGCUGAUGAACGGACUGAAACAGAUGAACCUGCAUCGCUGCAUCAAUGUCAUCAUUGUAGGAGAUCACGGUAAGACCUGAACUAGACUUGUCUGUAUCACCUGUAGUUCUUCAUCGCCGCAUUUUAGCUCCACCCACCCUCCUUUGUCCACAAAUCGGCCAAUAGACUUCCAUUAAAAACAGUUUUUUUUUGAGCGUGUGUUUACGUCACCAUAACAACAUAUUACAACCUUUUUUCUGCAGUCAGUCGAUCAGCAGGGCUCUAAAUUUGACUUUCCCACAGUGAGACAACAGACUGAGACGCACAUCAUUUUAACCCCUUCAGAGCCGCUGAGCACGCAAGUCUUCAUUCAUGGACUGAGAGAGUUUGAAGAUUCAUCCACUAAACAUCCUCAGAAAUGAAGGAAACUUUACAUGACACUAGAUAUGGAUGUCGAAGAGUGGGAUAUGUGUGGAAGGAGAAGUCUGUGUGCUCCUGCGUGUGUGCAUGGGUGAGAAUCUGCGUCCAUGUUUAGAACCGGGCAUGACGUGAGUUUUUACAGUCGAUAAUAUCAGUGUAAUCACGGUCAUAUUUGGUUAGAGGAGGAUAAACACUUUUAAAUGAUUCCUAUCUUACAUCUAUCUUCUGAUUUUAUAUGUUUAUGUAUAAAAUUAAUUUAUUAUGAACAAAUGAAUUUGAUCGUAUUUGAUUUGGUCGAGGACGAGGCUCGAGAAAAGGAGGUGAAAAUGUCGUGUUUUUCUGCUCCAAUAAAACAAAAACUGGCAUAAAAAGGGAAAUACAUAAAAAUUUCUAUUCAUCACUUUUUUAAUGGUCAGGGCUGAAGUUGUUUAAGAGAUUUGAGUUGAGAAAAAUAAAAAUAAAUGUUUAAAAAUGAUGAUUUUAUGAACACUUAUCUGCGUGUCUGUUUUGGGGACAAAGUCGGCUGGAUGGAGCAAACAAAGAGAAUUUAAAUUCACCAAAAUUGGUUUAACUUCUAAACAUUGACACGGUCCAGACUCUUUUUAUUCAAAAAAAUGUUCAUUUUAUAUGAGAAAUAUGAUGAUUUUGUGUUUUUUACCAUUAAAAAUAGUGUCAUGUUGCACAAAAACUGGCAUAAAAAGGGUAAAAACAUCCAAUUUCUCAUAUAUACUUUUUUUAAUGAUCAGGGCUGAAUUUUUUUAAGAGAUAAGAGUCAAAAAAAGUUUAAAAAAAAAUAUUUUUUAUGAACACUUAUCUGCAUCUGCGAAAUAGGCGGGAUGAAGAUUAAAAUGAACAGAAACCCGAGGGUUAAGAGUCUCCAUUUCUAAAUGUUUGAAGUUCCUCUGAGGAGAUCUUUACUGUUUAUGAAACUGAGUCAAAUCGACCUGCAAAAGCAAGCAAGACCACCGCCAACUAGUUUGGAGCUUCGUAUGAUUAUUGUUGACGUCUGAGUCUGAUGCUGCCAAGUUCCUGUUACACAAGAUUCACAGAGAGCUGCAGAAACAGAUGUUCGUACAUCUACAAAGCAGAGAAGUUCAGUGAGUCGAUGUGUGUGACUGUUUUUUAUUAAAGACAGCACUACUGAAUGUCAAAGACCAGAACAGAUGUACUCAUGUGUCCACAAGGGGGCGCCAAAUUCUCACCAGAGGCCAAACAGUGAAGACUAAAAGGAUUCUCAGGUGUCUGCUCUGUCUCUCAGGUAUGGAGGAGGCUCACUGUGAUUGGACGGAGUUCCUCAGCAACUAUCCGCUCAACAUCGACGAGAUCACUCUGGUCCCGGGCUCGAUUGGAAGAAUACGACCCCGAGACCCCAAAUCCACCACAUGUAAGACGAGAGUUUUUCUUUGUGUGUAGGAGUCGUGUUCAGGAGUAAAAACCGGCUUCAUUUUCAACGUGUUUUUCUUUGCAGACGACCCCAAAGUCGUGGUUGCAAACCUCACUGUGAGUAAUAAACACCCAGAACCAGAACUACAACAUGCAGUUUUGUAUGUAGAGGUCGUUCAACUCUGUGUUCGCUGUUACAGUGUAAAAUGCCGACUCAGCACUUCAAGCCGUACCUGAAGCAACAUUUACCCAAGAGGCUUCACUACGCCAACAACCGCAGGAUCGAAGACGUCCACCUGCUGAUGGAGAGGAAGUGGCACGUGGCCAGGUAAACUGAGCGCCACUCCACCUUAUUCCAUAAUUACAGUCAUCGAUAAUAACUGAAAUUAAGAAAGUUAGCAGUUAAAAUGAUGUCAGCGUAAACAAGGACGGCCGAGAAGGAAACCAUCUUUAACUCGUGAUGACUUAUUAUUGAAAAGUCUCAAAUUCACUUCAAACCUUUAUUUUUAAGGGCCUGUGUCCACUGACAGCGUUUUUUACUUUUCUCCGGCUCCGUUCAUCUAAAGGUCCUUACACACUGGGACCGUUUUUGUCAGACGCCAAUAUUCUUUUUCGAACCCGUAUCCUGUCAAUACAAGCGUUCACAUCAGCGACGUUUAUGUGUCGGAGAACAGAGUGAUUUUUAAUAAAAGACACAAACAUUACAAAGAUAACGACCUGAAGGACGACUUGUGGAGAAUCAUAGCGUCGGAUUUCUGAUAUGAUGAUGGUUUGUGUGAUUUAACAGUUUGAUAAAUCUCUCACUAAAUAGGUUCAUUAUAAAAAAGUGUUAUCUCACCUCAGACACGCGGCUCGUCGCUGCUCGGGGUCAAUCAGCUCCCUGUUUUUGGUUUUAUAAAUGCACUGUCGUGUUUUCAUUUUCAGAAAAAUGCCAGAAAAAAUGAGGUCUCGAUGUGGUUUCGCUGGUGACCAUGGCUUUGACAACAAGAUAACCAGCAUGAGGGUAAAUUUUUUCAACUUUACAAAGUAAUCUGAAUAAAAAAAACUUCACUAAGAUUCACAGAGACAGCAUGUUACCGUAGAAUCUUCACUUUUAUCUCAUAUCUUUUAGGUUAUCUGUCUUUUUUGGUUGUUUUACUUGGUUCUGUGGGUUUAAUGUGGACGUUCUUCUCCUUUUUUUGUGUAGACCAUAUUCAUGGGUCACGGACCGAGCUUCAAGUUCCAGAAAAAAGUGCCUGAGUUUGACAAUAUUGAAUUAUACAACGUCAUGUGUGGUAAGAAAACGAUUUUUGUCCCUAAAGGAUGAAGAUGAGGAUUGUAUUCACUCAGUAUGAAGCGAUAUCUUCAAUUUCUCACAAACAAACGUCCACCGUUUGGACGUCUGUGAUCUUGAGGUCAUUAAUCUGCUUUAUUCAGAGAUUGCACAUCUUCGUAAUCAUUAAACUUGUGCCAAAAAAAGCUGAAAAGAAACUCUCAAAUCUCCAAAUCACCUGCAAAAGGACAGUUAGCGGAGAUGCUGAAGGUUCGUCUCCACACCUGAAAAUACUGGACUGAUUUGAUUGGGAGACCCCUGGUGGUUGAUUUUGGUCUUUGCAGUCAUCCAAGUCCACCUCAGAUGGUCUUAUCUUUGUUUUCCUCUCGGCUCCAGACUUGCUGGGAUUGAAACCGGCUCCCAACAACGGGACGUACGGCAGCUUGAAUGAUAUGCUGAAAGAUCCGCCGUUCCAUCCCACCAUGCCAGAGGAAGUGACAGCUCCAUCGCCAGCGUCCGAUCCCGACGCCACCGUGACUCACGACCUGGGCUGCAGCUGUGACGAUGAGGUUUAGCAGGAUUCACUGUGUUCAUAUACCCCUAAAGUUCAGAUUUAACAAGAUCUAGAAAACCUUGAGUAAAAGUUUCUUGUUUCUUUUUCAUCAGUGAAGUGAAAGCCAUGCAGUCGGCAGCGGAAAAACACAGAAAUAACUUUUUAAACCUUUUUUUUUUUUCAUUGCAGAACAAAGUGGAGGAGAUCAUGGAAGCCUUCACUCCUGUACCGGAUGGCAUCUACAGUUACAGUAGGUUUUAGUGCUGUUUGGCACUGAAUCACAGAUUAUUUUCACUACAACACAAGAGUUUUAUACUUUGAGUUUUAUCCUGCUAACAGUCUCAGUACCACUCUUUAACUUCAUCAAGUAUUUGUUUAGAAAUCAGGAACUGUCUGGUAUAAAGAUUUAGAUGAAAACUCAGAACUGUUGAGGACAAAAUGUUUAUGUUAGGACUGUUUCACGGCUGUUUUUUGUUAGUGUGUUGUUCUCUCUCUGGUUUUUGAGUGAUUUUAACUAAACUGUGUGUGUGUGUGUGUGUGUGUGUGUGUGUGUGUGUGUGUGUGUGUGUGUGUGUGUGUGUGUGUGUGUGUUUGUGUCGUGUCGAGCAGACAGCACCCAUCUCCCGUUCGGUCGACCAGCGGUGAUGUUUGACACUCAGUACAGUUUGCUUCAUCAUGUGGAGUUUAUCAGCGGGUACAGCAAAGAGCUGGCAAUGCCUCUAUGGACGUCGUACACGAUACCGCGACAGGUAAACAUACACGUUCCUGUGUAUGUGGCAAACAGAGGACUAUUACUCCAUACCAACCAAGUGAGGACGUCGACUUCUGGGCACUUUGAGACAAACAAAUGAGAAAAAAUAAAAACUUUAGAUGUUUAUAAUACAGUAUGUGUACUUAACACACAGUGUCAGGACUGGUAAACACACACAUUCCUGUCUAUAUGAUAAACAGAGGACUUAUAAGCGUAACGAAUCAAGUGAGGACGUUUACUUCUGGUCAUUUUGAGACAAACAAAAUAGAAAAAAUAAAAACUUCAGAUGUUUAUAAUACAGUAUGUGUACUUAUCACACAGCAUCAGGACUGGUAAACACACACAAUCUUGUCUAUAUGAUCAACAGAGGACUGAUAUUCUAUACCAAGGAAAUAAGGACCUCUACUGUUGUCCUUUUCAGAAUAACUCGACAAAAUAAACUGAAGAUCUUUACAAUGCAUUAAUUGAAUACACAAUAUAAUAACACACUCACACUUGUCUAUAUGGCCAAUGGAGGACUUGUACUUCAUCCCAACAAAGUGGGGACCUCAACUUCUGGUUCAUCUGAAAAUGAGACAAUAGCAGAAAACUUCUGGAGAUGUUUAAAAUACAGCCUAUGAUAAUGUCAUACACCUAAAACAAUGUCAGGUAAGCACAUACAUUAUUUAUAUGACAAACAAAGGACCUUUACUUCAUACCAACCGAGUGAGAACAUUUUACACAUUGUAAGAGGUUUAUUCUGUGGUACAUGGUGCAAAGUGAAUCAGGGUGUGUCGGACCACUUUCUUGCAGUGAAGCAGUACUAAAUGAAGCUGCAAAGUGAGACGUAGAGGUCAAAUACGUUGAAUUAGCAGGGCUAAAAAACACACACAGGCCACUGUUUGAGUUAAAUUAAUGUUUGAAUUGAUGUUAAAUCCACAGUUUGCUUCAUAUCAGAGAGGAGUAGGCUUUUAAUCCUGAUUUAUCAUAUAUAUGCUGCUGGAUCACAUUUAUCUCUGUUAAUAUUUGUGGUCUCGAUGGUCGGUGACAUUUCAUGUUAGCAGCUGCGAGGACUGAAAAAUACAUUUUAGCUGCAUGUGAGCGCGUCGUGUCGUAUUUCUGCGUAUAUUUGGAGUUAAACUGAAGAUAAGCUGGUAUUUGAGGAGACAGUGAUGAGAGUGUUGAAGGCUAACACCUGCAUGAGAUCACUCAUUAGUCACACACGUUUGACAUAAAAAUGACAACUGCGUUAAGUGGAAAAUAACUGACACUUGCGCCACACGCCAAAACGCUUCCAUACGGUUGAGUCUGUCUGAACCUCCUCCAGCGGCACGCUCUCGGUCCUCUUUGUGGUUUAGACCGGGUGCCAGGUUGUAAAAGUCUGACGCAGGAUGUUUUCACGGACGCACAGUCACAUGCUGUUGUUGAUUAGAGCGAGCGACAGGGUGUUUGUGUGGACCGAGCCGCGCAACAUAAACACAAACACGUCAAACACACCAACUCUGUGACUUAAAGGCUGAACACGCGUGUUUGUUAGCGUGUUUACAGGAACAUGCUGACAGUUUACAAGGUGCAGCUGCUCACAAGUUCGACUUAGACUCUCUGUUUCUGCAACAGUAGCACACAUGCACCGAGGGGUCCCACACAGAUGCAUAAAAAUGUUUUUGCCCGUCCAGACUGUAAAAAAAGUGAAAUACAUGAGCUGUGUUUGUGCGUUUGUCUUCCAGGAGGACUCCACUCCUGUCCCAGAUAUCUCUCCCAGCGGUCAGUGCAUUAGAGUGGACUCCAGGAUCUCAGCUGAGCACAGUCAGAGCUGCACCACCUACAGCCAGAACACCCACCUCACCCACGGCUUCCUGUUCCCACCAGGUAAAUGAGCAGAGAAGAAGUGAGAUACUAACAAGUUCAGAGGACCUGUCUUAAAUUUAACGCCCUUCUGUGAUGUUAAAACUCGAUGUGAUCGUGUUUCUGUGUUUCUGACAGAGUUUGCAUCGUCUCCAGAGUCCAGAUACGACGCCUCGCUCAUCACCAACGUGGUCCCCAUGUACCCAGCCUUCAAGAGUGAGUCUCACACCAUCGAGACCCUGAACAGAAAAAAGAGGUUUUAGCUGCAAAUGCAGUUCCUGUUCUCAACCCAACAAACUCAACGAUCAUUAAAGAUGUUUGCUCCUCCUGCACAUGAACAGCGUCCAGUCUGAUCACAUGAGACGGACGGCGGCGGUGAUGUCAUAUCUGAGCGAGGACGGCCUGAUACUCAUUGUUUGUGUAGAGACAGACGGCAAAUCAGGACAAAACCCUCCCUCUGUCUCUGAACCGCUGUCUCACGCUGAGAAUUCACCACUGUGGUCAACUCUGGGAACCUUUUCAGCCUCUGAACACACACCUUAUCAUAAUUAAUAUGUGAUUAUCAAUUUACUUUAUUAUCAAUUUAUGACAGAACAAAAUGGGCCUCAGGAUAAGUUCUGUAGAUCAAGAUCUCUCUAUAAAAUGAUACAGAUUUUUGGGGGCGAUGAUGAUUAUUAGGGGGGAAAAAAUCUGAUUACCGUCAGUCAGAGAAGAAGCUCGAUCACCGCAUUUUAUUUCUGAAAAUAUCGGCCAAAAUCGGCGAGUUUUGGCCAAUUACCGAUUAGUCUCAAACGGGCUAAAAUUGGCCAAUUUAAUCACCUCGCCGUUAAAUCAGUCGGGUCCUAAUAAAAUGUGGUGAACGCCUGAAUUUGGACCUCCAUCUUAUCCGGAUCAACAGCUGACCUGAUUUUAACCAAAAGACUUUUUAAGGACAGCAUCUAAAAUCUGUCUUUUUGCCUCUCGGCAGGAAUAUGGAGUUACCUCCAGGGGACGCUGCUGAGACGUGCUGCUGAUGAAAACAACGGCAUCAACGUCCUCAUUGGACCGAUUUUUGACUUCAACUAUGACGGCCUGAGAGACACCACAGAGACGCUAAAAGAGUAAGAUGUCAGCUGGUUUACUUUGGUUCAACAGGUAUUUUGGGGGGAAGGAGGCUGUCCUGGUUUUGAUACAUCUAAGGUGCAUAAAGAAACAGAAUAAAAUGUGAUUUAUGUGAUCUGAGGAAAAAACAACAUUAAAAAUCACAAACUCAUGAAAGUGAAAUAUUGUCGUACAGUUUUAUCCGUCUUGGACCUGUGGCUGUAUUCAGGGAUUAAAACUCAGAGUUUAUAGUUCAGUAAAUCAACUCUACUUUUCAUCCCUCUUGUUUAACUCCGACCGCCCUCACCUGUCCAGGUUCGUGACCGAAGCCCCGCCCAUCCCCACUCACUACUACACGGUGGUGACGAGCUGCCAGGAGCAGAACCAGACUGUGGACGAGUGUGACGGAGAGCUGGGCGUCUUUUCUUUUCUUCUGCCGCACAGACCAGACAACAGUGAGAGCUGUAAUGUAAGUCACAAUAGUUACCAGCAGGGGGCAGCACUGCUCCAGCUGUGACUGAGGCCGUGUGAACUCAGCUCAGAAGAGUGUCUGUCCAACUGUCCAGGAACUUACUCUACUAGAUAGUUACACCUGAAAACACUUCAUUUGUCUUUUUAUCACAAAAAUGUGAUUUUAUUUUCAACCGGAAAGUGUUUUUAGACACAAAACUCAUCAAUGAACAUGACAGAUUCACGGUUCGAAAACAAGGCUCCAUUAUUUUCCCUCUUUUUUGUAACGACAGUCAGAGUCCAUGUUUCUACAUUUACCUCCUGGUGCUCCAGUCAGGGUUCCUACGCAAGUAUGGAAAAGUAUAGGAGUAGUUUGAUCAAUUUCCAGGUCUCAAAAAGUAUGAAAAUAAACAAUAAAAUAUGGAAAAAUAUCGAUGUUUCUAGACUAUUAGCACAGUUCUAAAAUAAUGUUUUCUAAAAAUAGAGAAGUUGGUAUUUACAAAAUUAAUUCUAAACAGUAGGGCAUGGAAAAGUGUGGAAAUUCCAAACUUUUAUCUCAUAAUAAUAAAUCCUCAUCAAAUUUAACACUUUUAAUUCAUAAUGACUUUAAAUCUCAUGAUGAUAAAUCGUUGUCAUAUUUAACAGUUUUUAUUAAUUAUCACUUUUAUCUCACAAUAAUGUCUCUGAAAUUAAAACUCUCAUAUUUAUCGAUUUUCAUUUAUUAAUAAUGACUUUUUUCUCACAAUUACAAACUUCUGUCAUAUAAUAAUGAUUUUUUCUGUAUAAUUACAAACUUCCACUAUAUGAUAAUGAAUUUAUUCUCCUAAUUACAAACUUCUAUCGUAUAAUAAUGUUUUUUUUCUCAUAUUGUCAACCUACUAUAAUAUGAUAAUGACUUUUUUUCCCAAAAUUACAGACUUCUGUCGUAUAAUCAUGACUUUUUCUUAAGAAUUACAAUAUUUUACCAUAUAAUUAAACGUAUUCCCCUAAUUACAAACCUCUAUCAUAUAAUAAUGACAUUUUUUUAUCAUUACAAACUUCUACCAUAUGAUAAUGACUUAAUUACAAAUUAUGGAAAUUCCAACUGCGUAGGAACUCUGUCCAGUCGCUCAGAAAACUCCGUCAAACAAAGAAUAUCACCGAUAAUUUACAGAGGAAGUUUCUGAAAUAGGCACAUUCUCACAAAAAUACAGAAAUGUAAUAGAAAUAUAUUCAAAGUGCAAAGUUUUGUGCAGAAAUUAGAGUUGAUUCAGUGAAACACUCAGAUAGCCUGUGCACACCUCUGCUGAGUUUAGUGACUCAGCAAGAAGAUCCACGUAAUUUUUCUCAUCAAAAGUUACUCACAGAAACCUAAACUUCCCAACAAAAGUUCAAAUAAAAACACUCCUUUAAUAAUAAUAUCUUUAUAAAGAAGGUGACCCACUAAAAGGAGAAACUGCAGGUUUCCUGUAAGUGGAGUCAAAGGGAGGAUUCCUCCGUGACGUAAAUCUUUACAUAAUCUGUCUCAGGGAUUCCCGUCUGUUUAUUUUUGACCUCCCUGAGACGCUACGAGAGCCGCUGCUGCUGCGUGUUUGAAUAUUUUGCAUGUUUAGACAAGUGCUGUAAACAGAGACCAGAAGGAGGUCUCUGAGGAAACCUGUCAGGACAAGAUGGAGUUGUUGAACAUGAACUUGGCCCCAAUCUUUUACCCGAGUGCUGCAGGAGUGAGUCACUCCUCUGGUUUUGUUUACACUCUGAAAUCUGUCACUUACAUAAACUGUGUUUUCUUUGCACUUUGUCAGAGCGCUCUCAGUAUUUCCUGCUUUGUGCACACGCUGGUUUCGCUCAAACUAAGAUAGUUUGUUCCCGUUUUAAAAGGUUUUCAGGUCAGAUCUGCUGACAGGCCUGAAAGCCUUCCUGAGAAAUCAUGUGAUGCUUCUCAUUAAGUACGAUCAGACUAUUUUCAGUGGCGGAUGGUUGUGCGUACGUUGAUGUCUUAUUGAACUCUUGGGUGUUGGUUUGUUCUCUUAUAUGACCUGAAUAUAUAUCCUCAUAUUUACAUGUACAGUGCUCAGCAUGAACGAGUAAAAACUUUAGUUUCCUUUUAAAAUCAACAUUUUCUCUGUCAGACUUUACAACAAAAUACUCCCCAAAUGGAGGCCACUGACUGCAAACAAGAUUUUUUUUAAGUUGCACACAAAAAAGUUUUUGGUAACACUUUAUAUGACAUCUAUCUCUAUAGCGCACUAUAAAUAUAUGUAUAAUGUGUUAUAAUCACGUUACAGCACUGUAUAACUUUAGUUAAAAUCACUCGUAGGGUUGCAAAAUUCCAGGAAUUUUCAAAGUUGGAAACUUUAUUAACGGGAAUAAAUCUGAAAUGUACAAAAUUGAAGGUUGGCCCUCAACAGGGAACUUAAAUAUAGUUGGUGAAAAUAUCUUGUAGUAAAAUCUUGACUAAAACAAACAGAUUUAAUUCACUGAGCGUUCCUCCAUCACAUGAUUCACAGAUGAUUUGAAGUUUGAAGUUUAUUUCGAUCUGGUCAUAUCCAUUCAAUAUAUACAGUAAAUUACAAGAAAAGAAAACCGGACCGAAAAGGCAUAGGCUGAAGCAAAAGCUUAUUAUCGCCUAUCCUUCUUACUAAAUCAAAAUAUUCAAAACAUCUUACUCCACACGUUAGAUAGAAAACAAAAACAGAACACAUCAACAAAACAAAGAAUAAAAGAUGAUUCAGAAGAAAGAAAAAAAUAAAUAAAAAUAAUAAUAAUCAAAUUAAAUCCAGAAUAUAAAUUAUUCCGUAACCGUAUUUCUCGAACCCUGGAGGUCACACUUUAGAGCCCAAAGAACGAGACAUUUGAACCCACAGACUAAAGAAAGUCAAGUAAGUUUGGAUAAUAUUAUGGGGUAAAUAUAUCUGAUCUAUAAUCGUAUUGGUUUUUAUGCUUAUUAUGGUGGUGGUAGUUUCCUCAGAUGUGAUGCUGUUUCUUCAGACUCCUGACAGACGGUUUUCUGUGACCAAACACUAAUUUAUACAUCAGUUAUCAGAUAUUUUGAAGACCGUUCCAGUUGUUUAGCCAACUAUAUUUCUGUUCAUGAUGUUGCAUUAGUGUUUGUUAGUGUUGUUUUAUUCUACAGUUUUCCAAUUUGGAAUAUCUCCAAAAUUCCCCGGCUUCACUUCCCAUGAAAAGUUUCUGGAAAUUUACCAGAAACUUUCCGCCCCCUUUGCAACCCUAAUCACUCAUAAAUGAUCAUAAUGUUUUAUAGCAAUAAUCAUAAAGCAUUAUCCAGGUAUUAUAAUAUGUUACAACUGUUAACAACUCACUGACAAUGCCCACAUAGAUAAUGAUAAUAAUAACUGUUGUUAACAGUUAAAACACAUUAUAAUACCUGGAUGAUGCUUUAUAAUGUGUUAUGAUUGUUGCUAUAAAACAUUAUGAUCAUUUAGUAAUGUGUCGAUAACUAUAGUUAUACAGUGCUUUAACGUGAUUAUUACACAUCAUAAAUAUAUUUAAAAUGCGUUAUAGAGAUAGAAGUGAAUUAAAGCUUUACCAAGUAUUUUUUUUAGAAUUUAAAAAUGAGUACACUUCAAUCAAAGCUGCAUUCUAGUGACCAUAUCAGCCUUUUUUUUUAAUCGUAUGGUAAAUAAAAUGUUAAACUCAACUGGAAAAAUCCUUUUACUCAUCUGGAAAUUGAGUGAUUCAUAAGUUUUAAUAGGGGCUGUACUGACUCAUGCUGGACACUGAAUAUACUAGAAAAAAAAGAGAGAGCAUGCUCCAUUAAGUGUCUUAAAAAACACAAAUAGUGAGCGAAGUAAACACGACUCUGAAGAGAGGAUUAACUCAUGUCGAGCGCCGUGGACUGAGUCAUUGUCUUUGUAGAACAACAUCUGGAAACUGAUGAUGAUUCACCCGAAGCUUCCUCCAGGAAAUCCUCUCUGAGUCUUCAUACGGACGAUAGAACGCGAGAUGAGUCAGAGGAUCAUAACAGCGACCUCUCUGUGCUGCACGUGCUUUUCUCCGGUUUAUUUAUGCUUCUGCAGAACAUAAUAAGAGUCUCAUCUGAAGGAGUCAGGUGUCUUUAUUUCAUCUUUAACAGUGAGGAUGUCGGUGCGUCUGUUUCCUCCAGAGGUGGAAAUGUUGUCUGAGUCAGUGGAUCAGAGUUUGAAGAUGACGGCUCUCAUAAAUACUCUGAUAUCGAGCCGAUUGGGAAACGUUCACUCCAGCUGCAGCACAGAUGUUUGUGAUUAGGAGCCAAGGUUCGUUCGCGUAGAAAUAAACACAUUUUGGCUCAUUUAUAUGUGAGGAAAAACAGCAGCGCACAGUGACUUACUUACCCAGGUGAAAAGGUGAAAAAGCUGAACAAUCCGUCAGGAAAUCAGGACUUUAGAUUUCAGCGAGGAUUAAAAGAAUUUAAAAGCUUCGGUCUGUUUCAGUGUUUUGGUCUGUUUCAGUGUUUUGGUCUGUUUCAGUGUUGUUCAGGAACAGAUCGGGAGUUUUUGUUUCUAGGAUACCAUCUGAAAACCACAACACUUAAUCCUGCUGACUUGUAAUGUAUACAGGAGUUUCCUCAUCUCUGUCAGCGUGGAGGCGAGACAGAAGGGAACCCUGGUUAUAUAAAACUCCAGCGCAGGCUGAGGCACGCCGGGCGUAAACACCAGAGUUCAGAUGUGUUGACUGAGCUUUAUUCUUUCUUGGAAACAGAGCGGCCGUCAGUGACUCAGCUUUAUCGACGAAAAUGAGUCAAAUUUUGAUUUCUAAACAAUCUGACAAAUGUGAUCGGUGAGUCAGUGUAACCCUGAGGGUGGAGGGACAGAGGUGAAAGUGACGGCUCAGGCGUUUCAGUCUGCAGACCAUCGGGAUUGAAAAGAUCUUUUAGAUUCUUUAACAGAAAGUUUUCUCUGGUUUUAGUGGAUCUAAACUUACAGAUACAGAUAAAAAGGCGUUCAUCCACCUUUUUUUUAUUUUUUAUCGAGCGUUCUUGAAAAUAAUUUGGUUUAUUUUAAGUAUUUUAUUGUGUCACUUGAAUCUGAAUUUCACUCUCAGUUUUGCACAAAUUUUCCUGAAUGAUUAAACAUCAGGCACCGGUCUGCUGCUCCACCUGUGAUUAAAACAUCACCUCAGUGACCUGUGGAGGGCGACGUUAGUCUGACUGGAUCAGGUUGUUGCAGGAUGAUGGUGAAUCAGAGCUGCUGUAAGGAGGUCCAGAGGUCAUCGUGGAGGAUUGUGUAGAAGGAGUUAAAAUACUCAGACAAAACAAAGGAAAAACUGCGGGUCAAAGACUUUUGUAAUUCGACAUUUACACAUUUGUUGUUUAGGAGUUUUGUGGAGGAACUGAAGGAGACGUCAGGAGGAGGUGUUUAGGAUGUUUGGAGGAGAAGAAUGAGGUCAAAUGUUUGCUACCACAUUGUCCAAAUUUGUGUUUUGAGGACUUUUGCCACAGUGUUGACAGGCAGAGGUGAAAUAUCCCGGUCUCUGGUGGACGUGUGUGUCCCUGUCUUCUGUUUUCCUCUUUGGAUUUUAUUUCCCAUUGUGGUUGAUUUUGUCCAAUCAGAAUCGAGUCUGGAGGAACACACCUGCGUAAAGCUCACAGCAGCCCCUCUUCCUGCGUUCUUCCUCUUCUCUGGAACGUUCAGAUUUGUUUGUGAAGACAAUGUGCUGAACUACAUGUUCUACCAGGAAAGCCCAGACUGUUCGUAGAGCUGCUUUCCUGUCAGGAAGUUCUGAGCGCAUAACUCGAGAAAUAUUUCAGCGUUCAGUGCUCCUCGGGGAAUCCUCUGUUUACGAACUCGUCACAGCUCAUGAGGUCACAGCUGACUUUUGAAGAAAUCAGAAAACUUCCUGGAAGGAGUUUUGCACAGAGUCUACUAUCGGUCAUCUUCAGAGUUACUUCACAGUCACCGAACGAGAAUGACGCUUUGGUGUAAAAACACAGAAACACACCGACACCGACCACUGUCGUAUAGGAAGUUAGUAGCAAUACUUCAGUCUAUCUGUACUUUACUGGAGGUUUUUUGUGUUCCUAAGUUGAAAAAGUAAGAAGCAAACAAGGAAUUUGAGGGGCACCAUGAAAACUGAUCAAAUAAUGUUUGUCUUAUUGGUCGACUUAAGUACUGUUACUGUAUUUUUCACUCUAUCGAUGAACGCGUCUAUUCAAGUCUAUUUUCAUACAUUAAGUCAGACUUAUCUGACUGCGGUAGCUGCAGCGCUCCGACAAGCCAAGAGGAUUUUAAGUGUGAAAAAUACGGUAUUUUAAAUCAAUUUUAGGUCUUUUGGUCACAUGACAGUGAAGCUAUUGAAGGAAAACAGCCUUUUCUGAGAACAUCAACCGGUAAUUUAUUGACGGUCCCUUAUUCAACACCGACGUUGACAGUGAGGGUGUCGAGUAGAUUUAACCGCGCUGCUGUUGUUAUUCCCGGUUAUGGAGAGUGAGAAGACACCGGUAGAUCCUCAGAGAAUGUCCGUCAGAUAUCCAACCUGAAACUAACUUCACCGCAGUAUUUACAGGAAAAUAUAUCCAACCUGAAACUAACUUCACCGCCGUAUUUACAGGAAAAUAUAUCCAACCUGAAACUAACUUCACCGCCGUAUUUACAGGAAAAUAUAUCCAACCUGAAACUAACUUCACCGCCGUAUUUACAGGAAAAUAUAUCCAACCUGAAACUAACUUCACCGCCGUAUUUACAGGAAAAUAUAUCCAACCUAAAACUAACUUCCCCGCCGUAUUUACAGGAAAAUAUAUCCAACCUAAAACUAACUUCACCGCCGUAUUGACAGGAAAAUAUAUCCAACCUAAAACUAACUUCACCGCCGUAUUUACAGGAAAAUAUAUCCAACCUAAAACUAACUUCACCGCCGUAUUUACAGGAAAAUAUAUCCAACCUAAAACUAACUUCCCCGCCGUAUUUACAGGAAAAUAUAUCCAACCUGACACUAACUUCACCGCCGUAUUUACAGGAAAAUAUAUCCAACCUAAAACUAACUUUACCGCCGUAUUUACAGGAAAGUAUAUCCAACCUAAAACUAACUUCACCGCCGUAUUUAAAGGAAAAUAUAUCCAACCUAAAACUAACUUCACCGCCGUAUUUACAGGAAAAUGUAUCCAACCUAAAACUAACUUCCCCGCCGUAUUUACAGGAAAAUAUAUCCAACCUGACACUAACUUCACCGCCGUAUUUACAGGAAAAUAUAUUCAACCUAAAACUAACUUCACCGCCGUAUUUACAGGAAAAUAUAUCCAACCUAAAACUAACUUCACCGCCGUAUUUACAGGAAAAAAAACAUUUGUUGCCUCGGCUGAUUUUUUUUAUGUGCACAUGUGACCCUAAAUACAUUUUACAAUUUGCUCACAUCUAUUUUUAGUCGCACUGUCGAGUCCUCACUCCACUACAUUUCCCUAUUUUUACUUUGUGAUGAUGACAGCGUUUAGUGGAAAUAACCUUUAUUCACUUUAACCUAAAGUUGAUUUACAUUGAGUUUGAUCAUCGUCAGUCAGUCACUCAAACUUGUCAUCAGCCACUUGUAGGUUGUGCAGUUAUUGCACCCACCUAAAUGUCCAGUGUCUGUUUGAUGAUUCUCUCGUCAUGCUCGACUUCUGUCCUAAGGUCCUUCUUGACUGGAGGGAGACGUUCACUGAAGUCACUUUCUGGUUAGGUCACUCAAACCGUGCGACCGAUUCACUCUCUGGUGUUGACGAACAGCACACAGAAAUGCCAGGAUGUGUCAGACCCUCAGGAUUAAGAGUUUACCUCCAGGAAACACGGAGAGGGUCAUUCCUGGGUUUGGAAAAAUGUCAUGAAUGUACCGAAGGGGGUCGUGUCUCCUCUCAUCUGCACCGCUCACAGAUUAACCAAAAGCCACAGGGACCUCUGUUAGUUUUUGAUCAGCCAAACUAUUCAGAGAACAGGAAUUUACCGUGACGGGAUGUUUACAGUAGGGAGGCUUGAAAAAUGUUGUAACUUCAUAAUAACCACCGCCUGACCAAAUGUUUUGGUUUCAUUUCAUUAAUCAGCUCUUUCUGGUUUCAUUUCCAGUCAAACUGAUUUUAAUCUAUACAAGCCGUGAGUCGAAGCCUCGCAGCGUCUCCAGAUGACUGCCUGAGGCUCUUCAGAUGCAGAAGUUUUAUUUCUGUUGAUCCAAUAUUAAAGUAGAAACAUUUAUAGUUCAAUUAUCUCUUCCUGGAGUUCUUACUUUUGAUUGAUGUGAAGUCAGAACCACUUUUGUGGAAAGCCUUGAUCAUGUGUGGAUAACCAGAGUUCACUUGGGUGGUUUGACUGUAAUCUGAUUCCACCACAUGUGGACAAAAUUAUGUUUUCCUGCAGGUUUGAAAGCUGAAACAGUCUGUGCAGAAUAGUUUAAUUUGUGUGAAUGAUUCUCUCCAUUUGCACCAAAGUGACUGCAAGAGAGGAGGGGGUUUCCUUGGAGUCAGGACCGAGUCAGGAUCGGCCGUGUUUUCUCAUCGCUAAACAAGAGUCGGCGUCCGUUUGCAUCCCUGCGUUAACUUUAAAUGUCAAUCACUCAAACAGAUUUCAGAGAUCAGACACGGUUUAAAACAAAAAGGAAGUUUCGAUAUUUUCACAUUUGCUAAUCGGAUACGUAGAAGCAAGAGCCGUCAGCUGAUGUUUGCUGAGUUUUUGAGUGGAGGAUAAAUGAGGCGGAACAACACUCAAAAAUCGGCGCGGCAGUUUGAACGCGCUCCACAGACACAGGCGACCCCGGUUUGACUCCAGGCUGAGGAUCCUGUCCUGCUUUAAGACCAAAAACUGAAUCAUUUUAAAGAAGGACGUCUGCAGAGAUUUCCCUCUGGAUUUUAUACCUGAUGGAUUUCACACACUUUACUUCAGCCAAACUGAGUUCGCCUCAUACAGUCAUAUGUACUAAACUCUAACACCACCUGUUGAUUCAGGGUUCUUACCUGCCCGUCCCGUCACGGCUGUUCUCUGGUUUCUCCUCUAAACUCUUGGAAUUUUUACGCCCCUCAACUUCAGGGUCAAAAAAUGGAUGAACAGGAAUUUUGACAGCUUGCGUUUGUGUCCCACUGUGCCGGAGUUGUCAGGUCUGCAUGAGUCAGGGUAAACCUGCACCGUCACAGAAGAGUGUGAGUGUGUGAGUCAGCACAGAAGCUGGUCCUGCAGAGAGUCAGGUGAGGAAGCGAGCAGGAAAAACAGAAACCACAUCAAGGGAAGGAAAUGAGGACAGAAAUGUGCAAUAAAGAAAAAAGAGGAAGGAUGUGAGCCGCAAACGUCUCACCUCAACAUCCAUUUCUCAGGAACAAAAGCAGAAAAUGAUCUUUCAGAAAAUGAGUUUCAGUCGUCAUGCGUGUUGGUAGGAUUCUGUUUGUAUUUGAGUGUUUUUAUCGGAGUGUUUUGAUGCCCGCAGCACGGUCAGUAACAGGCUGAGAUUAUAAGAUCAUUAUCUUCUUCUAUGGUAUGAUAGUCGGGUGUUUUCGUACGCCCUGUUGGAGCAGCUGCAGCACAGCCAGGAGACACAGAGUGCCCCCGCUGGGGCUGCAAAGGGGCCGAAUAUUUCCAGAAACUUUCCACGGGAAGUUGAGCUGGGGAACUUUGGAAAUAUUCCAAAGUAAAGUUCAAUAUAAAUGUAAAUAUUAUUAUAUAAUUAUUAUUAUUAUUAUUUUUUCAAUAUGCUGCUGCGUUUUUGUAGCAUCUUCACACGUCUCCUUCAUAACCACCACCGGAGGGAUCUCGCUCCGUGCGUAGGUGUGUGUGCGUGCGACUGCUCGCUCAGAUAAGAGCGUUUGUCUCUGUUGGUGAUGUUCCCGUUUAGUGUGGCAUUGUGUGCAUGUGUGGGUGUGAAACCACUUCAGACAAACACGGCAGAUGAGUGUUUUAACCUUUAUGAGAUUUUGUUUUGAAGAUGGUUUAUAGAUAAUCAUGUGGUCAUAGGUCACGUUCACAUGAGGACAACGUGGGUAGACAAACAAACGACAAACACUGAGUCAGAGAGAGAGAGAGAUAUGAUUUUAGCUGAAUCAAUCCCGGGUACAUAAUGAAACAAAAACACGAGACUCGGUAUUAUGUUUAUCUCAGCCCGCCCGAAACUCUGCUUCCUCUCUGCACCUCCUAAACAACGACAGAGGUGGAAAAACCCUUCAGACUAUUAACUCCAUUCACUCAAACACCAAAUUAAACAUCUUCUCCAGUCUCAUCAACCUACACAUGGUUUCGCUUUGACAGUCUCUGGAUCAUCACGCACUCAUAGGUCACUUGACGUCAGUGAUGUUUACCUGAAGUAUUGUAUAAGAGAGGGUCACGCAAACAACAAAAACUGGGUCACAAGUUUCCCGGCAUGUGAAAACUCCAAAUCUCAACCUGUUUCUUCAUUUCUGUAAACCCUGAAGUUUAAUAAAAGCCUAAAAAUCAUCAGGAACUUUUUCUCUAAGUUGAAAUGAUUCACAGAUUCACAGCUGAGGUAAUAUUUUGUUUUACUUUCAAACAAAACUUCAAAAGAAAAAACUCUUUCACAACAAAAGAAGAAUGUAAAUACAUGAUCGAAGCGUCAUUGAGAAACCAGACGACAGAUUAACAACACAGAGAUUCUCAGAAAUUCAAGUUGUCUUACGCUCUGACCUGAGUGGAGGUCAGAGGUGUUCUUCAGGGCGGGAAAAGCUGCUUCCAUGUUCUGUUCUGAGACAAAGAGUCCCUGCUGUCAUUACAGGGAAACCAGACAUGGUCUGUGGUUACUUGAAAGUCUUUUGUCCCUCUGACAAUAGCAGAUAAACCGAGUUUCCCUUUGGGGAAACAUUAAGGUGUUUUAUUGUCAGAUCUCUUUCACACUAUUUCCUGUAAAACCUGUCCACAGAGCAGCUCCCUGAACGCGUUUCAUUUCUCUGGUUUGCAUCAGUUUUUGAAAAGAUGUUCAACUUGGACUGGAUGUCAAAUCUCAUAAUUUUUUGUCUCAUAAUGAUAAAUCCUUUAUCAUAUUUAUCACUUUUUAUUAAUAAUGACUUUUUAUCUCAUCAUAAAUAAAUUUUGUUUCAUUAUGACUUUAAAUCUCAUAAUAAUGUCUCUCCAUCCCAUAAUAUUAAAACUGUCUCAUAUUUAUGGCUUUUAUUAUAAGGAUUUUUUUUCUCAUAAUUACAAACUUCUACUUAAUAGAAAUGACUUUUUUCUCACAAUUACAAACUUCUGUCACAUCAUAAUUACAUUUUUCUCAUAAUUACAUACUUCUGCUAUAUAAUUUUUACUCAUAAUUACAAACUUCUGUCAUAUAAUUACUUUUUUCCCAUAUUUCAAAACCUCUACCAUGUAGUAACCACUUUUUUCUCAUAAUUACAAACCUCUACCAUAAAAUUUUAACUCAUCAUUACAAACUUAUGUCAUAUAAUUACAUUUACUCAUAAUUACAAACGUGUGUCUUAUAAUAAUUACAUUUUUACCAUAAUUGCAUACUUCUGCCAUAUAAUAUUCACUUUUUUUCUCAUAACUACAAACUUCUAUUUAAUAAAAAUGACUUUUUUCUCAUAAUUAAAAACUUUUACCAUGUAAUUUUUUCUCAAAAUAACAAACUUCUGUCAUAUAAGUCCUUUUUUCAUAAUUUCAAACUUCUACUGCUUAAAAAUUACUUAUUUCCCAUAUUUCAAAGCGUCUACCAUAUAGUAACCACUUUUUUCUCAUAAUUACAAACUUCUACUAAUGUAAUUUUCUCAUUCUCACAAACUUCUGUCAUAUAAUUAUGACAUUUUUUUUCAUAAAUACAAACUUCUCAUAUAUAGUAAUGACUUUUCUCAUAAUUACAAACUUCUUCUCAAUAGAAAUGACUUUUUUCUCACAAUUACAAACUUCUGUCGUAUCAUAAUUACAUUUUUCCCAUAAUUACAUACUUCUGCUAUAUAAUUUCUUACUCAUAAUUACAAACUUCUGUCAUAUAAUUACUUUUUUCCCAUAUUUCAAAACAUCUACCAUAUAGUAACCACUUUUUUCUCAUAAUUACAAACCUCUACCAUAAAAUUUUAACUCAUCAUUACAAACUUAUGUCAUAUAAUUACAUUUACUCAUAAUUACAAACGUGUGUCUUAUAAUAAUUACAUUUUUACCAUAAUUGCAUACUUCUACCAUAUAAUAUUCACUUUUUUUCUCAUAACUACAAACUUCUACUUCAUAAAAAUGACUUUUUUCUCAUAAUAACAAACUUCUGUCAUAUAAGUCCUUUUUUCAUAAUUACAAACUUCUACUAAUGUAAUUUUCUCAUUCUCACAAACUUCUGUCAUAUAAUUAUGAUAUUUUGUUUCAUAAAUACAAACUUCUCAUAUAUAGUAAUGACUUUUCUCAUAAUUACACAUUUCUACCAUAUGAUAAUUACUUUUUUCUCAUAAUUUGGACUGAAGUUACUACCAAGGAUUGUUUUCACAAAGCUUUGACUUUUGAUACUUAACUUUUUUUAUCUCUUUCUUAAAAUCGCGGCUUUUAUUAAAUUCAUAUUGACUUUUGACCGUGGCUCUGUUCAGUUUCAUAGUUUUUCUCUUGACUCAAAUGAAUCCGUUUUCCCAUCGUGUUAUAAUGAUAAAGUGAUUUGAUACCAGUUUCAAAGAAAUCACACUUUGUUGACAGCCAAAAAUAGCCCACUGUGAAAGACUGAGUGUGUGUGACUUGUGCGGGAAGUGAUUGUAACGUGGAAGAAGUAAGUCUUGACAUCAGUGGCUAUUCUGCAGUACAUUGAUAACAGACCAGGCAUGCACAGAGCUGAUAGAAAGAACAGUCUCCUGACACAAACAAGACGGGGGGGACUGUCAUCAGCCAAGAACAAAAACAGAGGAAAUAUGACGAUAAUGAGAUAAUGGGAGUUUGUUUUUUUCUCCCGUAGAACAUCAGCGGGCUUAUUCUUUGGUAAAAACUUCAUCAGUAAAAAAACACAAAGCAGGGACUGAUUCACACAAAGUCACAGACAAACCUCACUCUCCCUCAGGAAAAGUGAUAGAAAAUGAAACUUUGUUCUCGUAAAUGUUGUAAAUUCCUCCUUGUCGUGUUUGUCUUCGGUUCAAGCAGAAGUGGAUUUUUUCAGGCAUUGUCAGAGUUUAUAUGUUUGGGCCUUCUGUUUUGAAACAAAACAACGUGCUGCGGUAACCGGAGGACAAAAAGUCACAAAGUUCUUUGUCUGAGUUGAACUUUUGCAGCAGAGUUAUUGCAGUUCUUUAAAGCUGAGUGUACCAUCAUAAAAGCAAAUGUCUGGACUUCUAUGUUCACAAAGUAGGGCUCGAAUAUGCCGAAGAAAUUCUUGGUCGACUAAAACCCUGAAAUUUUCGACCAAACAUCGACUAAACUCUGCGGGGGAUGACGCGGCUCAGCGGAGUAAAAAUAUUCUGAUAUCAACACAAGAAGCAAUUCAACUAAACACAAAAGGGACAAUUCUCUUUAUUCAACAUUCGAGAUAAAGUGGACGCUCUUCAAUCUUCCUGUCUUCAGCCGGUCUCUGGUGGGUUGGGCGAAUCCAAAAUGGUGGAAACAAGGGGGUGUUCUGAGAAGGGCUGUUACCUGUGAAACAGGGGUGCUCUGAAAACACCCCUAUUAGCACUUGGUACAUUCCCCCUGAUGGAAUAAACCACAGACUGUAAACUGACGUGGAAAAAAAUCGAGUCGACCAACGAGAAUUUUGGUCAACUCGGUUCAUAUCAACCAUUAAGUCGUCUAGGACUUUCAGCCCUAUCACAAAGUUAACGAGAAAUGGAUUUGGUUUGAAUUUCCCUUCGGGGGUUCAUAAAGUUCUUCCUGUUCUUGGGAAAAACACGAACUUGUUGGUUUAUUAAGAACAGUCUUGUUUCUGAAGCGGACAAGUCUUUUUUGUUUCCAUGUCAUCGUUCUGCAUCAAAGAUCUUUGACUCUUUAUUUCUGUUGUUUUUGUUUUUGAGUUCUCCAUAAAAAAAAAAAGAAACGUGUGGUUGUGAAAUCUGGCAUGGAGAGUACAUCUGUGGGUGUGUCGUGUUUUGGUGCAGAAUAAUCUGCUGCUGGAUCUCUCAGCCUUGCUGCUGGUUCUUGUAGAAAACAUGACCUAAAGGUGUCAGUGGGUUAUGGAAGGGUUCUGGCAGUCACGACCAAGUCCUGAUGAAAUCUUUGUCUUGUGAACUUGCUUAUCUUGGCAGAGCAGAAAGAACAUUGGCACAGCCAAACCUGCGAACCUCCAGGAAAUUUCCAUCUUACUGAGGAACUCUGCCCUGGGAGUUCCUAACCUCCUACUCCCUGCUCUGAACUCCACUCCACUGAUUAUAGACUAACAUCACUUAGAAUGUCGAUGCAAAAAUAACUCAUCGAUUUCAAAUAUAGUGCUUCCUGUACCUUUGUUGGCCACUCUUCCACAGUACGAUAUUUUCAUCGGGCUUUUUAGACCGAACGUAAACCAGACCCAGGACCACUGCAGGACAGGGCCAGCAGAGGUUUGACUGUUAUCAUCUCAGCUUUAAUCCCCGGGUUUUAGGGCAGGGUGUGCCCCCAGACCACCUCGACACAGGUAGACACGUUUUUACUGGUGUUAACAGGCUAAAAAGACUUAAAAGACUCAGGUACGAAAUGGGACUUUGGGGAUUUUGGGACUCUUUUCUUUGGUCACAUGCUGAUCGAAAGUUGCGCUCUUGCCAACGUUCGCUCCGUAGACACACUUUAUCGGGUCACAUCACGACUAAUGGCGGGAGCUUCCCGAAAAAUCUGACUCAAAUUGUCAGAUGGGGGCGGGGGGAAUCGAUGUGGUCUCCCGUCAUGGACUCGGUCUGAAGCUGUUGGUCCAUUAAUGAGCGAUUUCCUGACAUAUCCUGAGAGCAUUAAAGACGUUAUUGAUCCAGUUUGAGUGCAUGUCCGUAAAGACUACAAGACCUCAUGGAGUUAACAGGUCAGCAUUUCUCUGCAGCCUGUGUGUGUGUGUGUGUGUGUGUGUGUGUGUGUGUGUGUGUGUGUGUGUGUGUGUGUGUGUGUGUGUGUGUGUGUGUGUGUGUGUGUGAGAUAAGGCUGAUUUGCAGUGUAGAAGGGAAACUGAGUGUAAUGAUGAAAAAUUCCCUUUAAAUUCUGCAGCUCCUACGUUUGUUGGACUGGAUCGAUGUUUCACACUCAUUUCCAGAGAACUGAGGUGGUUUCCUCCAGCUGUUAAAAACCACAUCCUCGGAUUGAUGAGGAAGUUCGAUAUAAGUUUAAGUUUAAUUGGCUGUGAUGGCAGAUGAUAAGAAUAAAAACAGAUUGUGAACUCUGCCUCCUGUUUUUGCAGCCCUGCACCUGAUAGGGUGAACAGAUUUUUUCUGUUGUUUUUUCUCUUCACUUUGUGGAGAUCGCACUACAGGACCAUGAUCGCCAUGGAAACGAGGUUCAUAAUAAUUACCGAUCUCUCCAAUCGUUAACCGUGACUUUAACAGGCAGUGAGUUUGUGAGUGUCAGAUCAGAAGACCAAACCAGGGACCCGGGUUUUAGAGUCUGGGUUCAGUUCCGGCUUCUUUUGUCGUCACAUAAAUACGGGACAUAUUUUUCCUCUGCAGGAUUUCUGAUUUUAAACUCUUACAGAUAAAGAAAUACUGUCUGAGAGCCGUGAGAUCACCUCAGUGUUUGUUGGUGGAAAGCUGGAUUGCUCUGUCCAACGCCAGGCUGUAUUACUCUGAUUGUUAGUGAGUCUGUGCAGCUGCUUCCAGAAGUACGUGCACGUGCAGCCGCUGCUAAUUUCAUCUGUAAAUCAGAGCUGAGUGAACAGAUCUAGACCCUUUUACCGAGUCAAUGCGGAUCAGAUGGGGAUUUCCAUCGGCUCAGAGUUGUUUGGAGUGAAAAUCCGAAAGAUGUGACGACAUGUUGAACGUGAGUUUGCAUGUGACUCCAGCUGCGUCAUCUAACCACGUCAUUGUGGCUCAGCGUAAGCAGACCCCCUUAUCGAUUUAUCAUUCCUCCUGACGCUGCUACAUCCCUCCUCAUCUGUCUGCAUUUACUCCUCUGACACAGUUCGGCCUUGGCUGCAUGUUCUCUUCAGAGUCCAAGAAGUAACCGCUUAGCUUUGCCUCAAGGUCCAAAACAGGGAAAUGCUCCUGAUUUGGUCCACAUCUGAUCCUCUGAGCUCACACACACACACACACACACACACACACACACACACACACACACACACACACACACACACACACACACGGUUUCUGCUUUUGUUUCUGCAGACAGACCCUCAUUGUGAAUCUCCAGCCGCAUGAAUCUCUGGUUACAAAAUUAGAACUGUACGUCUUGAUGGAGGAUGACCUCAGGGUGAGGAAACGUUGGAUUAAAUCUGUGCACAAUCAUCAAAUGAGCGUAAAGGUUAAUCUCUCAUGGAGCAGAUGACACAUCAGGACACUCCACCGUCACGUUUCCCUGAAAUGAUGAACACGUUUACCCAGCGGUGAAAAACCUGCUGCAUACCUUGAAGAUUGUCCCAGAGUGAAUCUCAUGACUGGUAUGUGCGAGAUGUGCAGGAUGAUGCAACUGAACACGCCACGCCCUGAGCGUGUGGCACUAGAGAAAGCCUGGAGCCUGUUUAGUCAGUAUCAGUAUCAGUUUGGUUUUUUGGCGUGCUGCGUCCACGCAGAGAUUCCUCAGAAUCUGUUGAUGAUAUUCUGGCCUGUAGUUGUUAAACUGACACACUGUUGUUGACAAAAUGGUGGACCUGGUCCCUAGCGAUGGGAAGAACAGUUCUUAUGACCGUACCGAAUCUUUAGAAUCUAUUCAUUAAAACGAUUCGUUCAAAAGAUUCGUUCACAGAAUCAGUCAGUGCCUCGGAGCCCCGUCCUGCUGGGUGCAGCACACGAGUGAGUGACAUCGGGACUUCGUUCAUUGACAGAGCCCCUCCCCCUCCCACGUUUAUACACGUGUUUUCAUGUAAAGGUGCUAUAAUGCUCCGUUUCAUCUUGGCCUCACCUCAGAACCGUUGCUCGGCACUUCGUGAGCAAAGCUACGCCCCUCCCUCCUCUGCCUGCCUCAAGUCGUUCAGAAGUCAUGUGUUUUGUUCACAGUCUAUCUUAUACAUAUCGUUCAUUCGCUGUGAGCAAAUCACGAGAUUCGCCCGCUCGCUGGCUGGCUGUGUGUCAUUCGCCAAAGAGUCAAAGGCAGCAGUUCCACUCCCGACUGGCACGCCAGGCUCACGGCUGAGCUUAACUGAACUGAAAAGGAACGAAUCAGGUCUUGAAAUAUGAUUCCGUUCACGUCAUUCACUCAGCAGUUCCGUUCUUUUGAGCGGAUCAUUCAUGAACGCCACAACACUACCGGUCCCAUCCUUGCCUGUGAAGGACUGAGCCUUUCAGGGAGGCUCCUCGUCGUUGUCGUCGUCGUCGUCGUCGUCGUUUUCUUCCGCUUCAUCUGAGUCCGGGUCAGGGGGGCAGCAGCUUCAGGAGGGAAGCCCAGACGGCCCUCACCCAAGCCAAUUCCACCAGCUCCUCCUCCGGGGGGAUUCCCAGGCGCUCCCAGGCCAGGCGAGAGAUAUAAUCCCUCCACCUGGUCCUGGGCCAGCCACGAGGUCUCCUCCCGGUGGGACAUGUCUGGAACACCUCUAACGGGAGGCGUCCAGAAGGCGUCCUAACCAGAUGCCCGAGCCACCUCAGCUGACUCCUCUCGACAUGGAGGAGCAGCGGUUCUCCUCUGAGCGCCUCCCGAGUGUCCGAGCUCCUUACCCUAUCUCUAAGGCUGAGCCCGGACACCCUGAGGAGGAAACCCAUUUCAGCCGCUUGUAUCUGCGAUCUUGUUCUUUCGGUCAUUACCCAAAGUUCAUGACCAUAGGUGAGGAUCGGCACGUAGAUCGACCGGUAAAUCCAGAGUCUCUCCUUACGGCUCAGCUCUUUCUUCACCACCACUGAUCGGUUAAUCGUCUUCAUCACUGCUGACGCCGCUCCGAUCCGCCUGUCGAUCUCAGGGAGGCUCCUUCUAGACCCACUCAUGACUCUCACCUGUGGAUGAGGUUAUGAUUUUUUAGGAAGAUUUAGAUUGAACGUGGGAAAUCUGAUUUGAAAAUGACUGUACUCUGUUUGAAUCAUGUUUUACACGACAUCCCACCUUCACUGGAUCUAAAUGAGAGAAUCUAAUCUAAUUAGCUGAAAAUCUUUAUGUACUUUAGGUAUAAUAUCUUCAAAUAAGCCCACCUUUAAAAACACUGAAAUAUCCCUUUAGGCCUCAUAUAAUCAGACACUACAUCCCACAUCCUCCACGCCCGGUUUACUACGAAAGGAUUUCCAAAUAUCACUGUAACCGUGACUUUGAUAUCUUCCACCUACACACUCACAUUAAACCACAAAUUAGCUGCAUUGUGUGGUUGUCACCUCCUCACAACAACAAGAACAUAUGAAGUAAUUUCGUGAUUAACGGAUCAGCGGUUUUGAUUCCAGAGAAGAAUGUGAUCUUAAUCCUGAUUAGCAGCUUCAAGCAACAUCAGCAUAUGAGUGUUUUUAAGGGUUCAUGCCAAAGACAUCAGACUGAUGCAAUAAGAGUUUUGACAUUUCUCAGACUAACAUGCCUGGACUACAGCUCUGCCUAAUUAAACAGACCACCUCCAUGAAUGAGUUUCGCCCUUUUAUUGCAUCAGUCGGAUUGUGUUGCAUCUUUUGCACCAACUGUUGAAAUCACUCACGUGUUUAUCAGGAAACAGGGACGAGUUGCAGCAUCAGAUUCAAAACGACUGAAUAUUUACAUCAAGUUUAUCAGUUUGAACAUUAAAUAUCUGAUCGAACCCGUAUCCUGUCAACACAAGCGUUCACAUCAGCGACGUUUUCCCGUCCUGCGAUAUUGCUGCAUUUAUUUUUUCUGACCACGGUCGAUUUUUCUAAAGUUUCACAGACUGUGUGUCCACUUCUGACCAAUCAGAUUGCAUGUUGUUGCAACAUCAGAUUCACCGGUAUAUCCAACAUGGUGGACCGGCUGAUUGUUUCCGUGUCGGAGAACAGAGUGAUUUUUGAUAAAAGACACAAACAUUACAAAGAUAACGACCUGAAGGACGACUUGUGGAGAGUCAUAGCGUUGGAUUUCUCAUAUGACGAUGGUUUGUGAGCUUUAACAGUUUGAUAAACGUCUUUGUUUGAACUUUCAUCUGUGCUAAGUAACUUUAGCUCGUAAGCUAACGGUUGUUACCAUGGUUUAAUGUGUUUAUCUGGUUCUGGUCCCGACUCAGUCCAUGCUAUCAUGACAGACAGACAUCUCAACACUAGAGUCUGAUCAGAACUGAGAAACACUCAGUCUGCUGUCGGCUCAGUCUUCUCGCUUCCACCCGGGACGCGUCUUUUUACCCCGGAAAGUCGCAAAAUCACAUCGGGCUUGAUGUGUUCAGUCAGGCGCGUCAAAAUUCGCCUCCGAAUAUUUCGUGUAUUUGCGUCGUUCCCGGUGUGGAAUGACCUUUAAUCACGUUUUACACGACGUCCCAAAUUCAUCAGAAUAAAGGUUUGUAGACCCGCCCCUCCUUUGACUCUUAGGUCGACAUGGUGUCACAGUUUCAUGUUUGUCUUCUCAGGCAGGUUACUCAACAGUUAAUUGAAGUGAACAUCGUGUAAACUGACAACUACUUUUGUUGUUAAAUGUCACGAUCCCACGCUUCAGCCUAAGAAAACAAGACCUGCGAAAUACUGGAUCCUUGCCACGACUAAAUUAUCUGUCAAACCAGUUUAUCUGAUCCGUCAUGGAAAUCCAGGUCUCAGCCGAGGAUCGAGGAAGAGGGAUCCUCAGACAAUCAAGUGAAGGUUUUUUUAAAGAGACACACCUGUUUUCCCGGGUCAAAACUAAAGUGGAAACCAUGACGCUGCAGGUUGAUGACGGUUUCCUUUCUGUCUUUGCAGAGCGCCGAGGAUGAGUCACAGUGGGUCGAGGACCUGCUGAAGCUCCACACGGCCCGGGUCCGUGACGUGGAGAUCCUGACGGGCCUGGACCUCUACCGCUCCACAAACCUCACCUACAUCAGCACCCUGAGCCUGAAAACCCGGCUGCAGACCUUCGAGAGUGACGACUAAACGCAGCGAGAUAAACACACACACAUAUACAGGAUGUAGCCCCAUUUUUUUGUAGAAGUUUUGCGUUUUCACUGCAUGCUCACUGGACAGUCGGCACGGCGUUGUCCCGCUCCUGAGCGGCGGCUGAGACGUGCUUGGAACAGGAAACACUUAAACAUAACAGAAAAGAUUGACAGGGUGGUUCGGUAAGUCGUAGUUUGGAAGAUCAACCAAUCAGAGAGAGGAUAAGCUAGCACAGCCUGACACAGGAACGGACUUUCUCUACACUGCCUCACUUUCUCUUCCUACAGAGCAGCCUCCUGAACACACACAGCUCUAGAUAACCGUCGUAGCUCCCUAACAGCGCAGACUUUGUACCCCCUGAUAAUCCUUUAGGUUCUGUGAAACUUUAGACUUUUUCUUUCCUGUCAUGUAAAAUCCUGUCUUUGUUUUUACCGAGGACUGACUAUGAGGACCCGACUUACCAAACUGAUCUCAAACUAACUCAGAAAGUGUACAUGAAAGUGGCAAAAGAUGGAAAAUACAUUAAAAAAGUUUAAGUCUACA